AUGUCACCUGGUCGCGUCGAAAAGAAGCCCAGGAUCGUUUCCCUGGGUACCCCACGGUAUAUCGGUAGUGAGUACCUCGAUGAGUUCAAUAAGGAAUUUGACUUCGAGGUGCUUGAUGUCUCAAACCGAGCUGAGACCCAGGAAAAGCUCCCUGCCUUGAUAAAGGCUAAAGGUCCAAUUGACGGUUUCAUCAUCCGCAUGGGCACGCCUCCUUACGAACCUUUCGACGAAGACCUUUUAAAAGCCCUCAUUCCAGGAUGUCGCAUUAUCACAUCAGCCUCAGCCGGUUAUAACGAAUUCGAUGUUGAUUGGAUGGCAAAGAAGGGUGUCGUGUUUUGUAACUCAGUGGAUGCAGUUGCUGAGGCUACCGCCGACAUGGCUAUGUUCUUGAUACUUUCCGUUCUCAAGAAUGCUUCAAAUGCGGAGAGAAGCGCAAAGGCAGGAAACUGGCGAAAGAAUUUGGUUCCCACUCGUGACCCUACCGAUUUGACAUUAGGAAUCGUUGGCAUGGGCUCCAUAGGCAAAUAUCUUGCUAAGAAGGCUCUGGCCUUCAACAUGAAGAUCCGCUAUUAUAACCGCAAUCGACUUCCAGAAGAAAUCGAGCAGCUGUACAACGCGGUAUAUUGCCCCUCAUUGCACGAGCUACUUGGCACUUCCGAUGUUGUCUCUCUAAAUUGCCCGCUCAACGCGGAGACAACAAACCUUAUUAGCGAACCCGAGUUUGCCGUCAUGAAGGACGGUGCUUUUCUGGUCAACACAGCUCGAGGAGCCGUAGUUAAUGAGUCGGCACUGAAGGAGGCCUUACAAUCAGGAAAGGUCGCACGUGCUGGAGUCGAUGUCUUAUGUGACGAGCCCAACGUUGAUCCAUGGUUCUUGGAGGAAAAUAAUAAUGUGACAGUGCAGCCUCAUUUAGGUGGUCUUACAGAUGUUGCUUUUCAUAAGGCUGAGAAAGAGUGUUUUGAAAACGUCAAGGCUCUUUUUAAAACAGGAAAAGCGAACAGCCCUGUAAACCUGGGACUUAUGAAGCAAUAA